AUGUCAUUCUUCUAUUUAACGCCAGUAAAAGGUGACCUACCUGUACAUUUAUUAGAAGUUAUUCUAUUUAAUAGAGUGGAAUAUUUAAAAACAAUUUUGAGUGGUAAACCCAUAAUAUACAACGAAUAUGUUGUAGACGGAAGCAUAUACGAUAACGUAGGACACUUCACAUUAUGCGUGAUACUAAUUUUAUGUGAAGACAGAGAGUUUACGGAAUAUAUUUUGAAAUCGGAGUUGGAGCUGUUCAGGCGCCGUUUAAUAUCUUUAUCUGCGUAUGAACUGAGAUCUUUUGCUAAAAAAAUACUCAAAAGUAUUAAAAAGCAGAACAAAGUGGCGAAACUCAUUGAAUCUGUGCAGAUACUAUGUCAACAUUUAAUGCUGAAGGAAGUGGCUCAACAUAUUUGUUCAGUACACAAUAGUGCCUGUACAGUACACAGUAUACACGUGAACUUCAAACAAUGCCUUCGCCUUGUAGCUAGGAGACAAGUUGAACUCACAAAUGGAGUGGCAACUAUACCUUGUGGGAGAUGGUUACAAUAUUUAAUUACUCUUUUUAGAGAAAAUUUAAUCAACAGAAUCAACACCACUGAUGUAGCACCACUGAAGAGUGAUGCAAGAAUUAUGGAGCUCCUACACAAAAUAAAGAAAGAUUAUAAUUUAUCUAAAGUCAAACCUAAUGUAUUAUUAAGUAGGGAUGUGGACUCCGCAUCCCGGUUUUUCCCUCCAUGCAUGCUAAACCUUCACCAAAAUCUCAGAAGAAGGCAUAGACUAUCCCAUACACAGAGGUUUCAUUACAGUUUAUUUUUAAAAGAUAUUGGCAUGCCAAUAGAAGAGUCUGUAGAGUUCUGGAGAGCAGAGUACAGGCUACACCCAAACGGGCACCACAGUUGUUGCCAUAACUGGGAAAAAGAUGAGAAGAAAUAUGUCUACGGUAUUAGACACAUGUAUGGCUUAGAAGGAUCCAGGAGAAACUACCCCUCAGUCAACUGCAGCACUAUACAAAGCAUAGACAAUUCAUGCUCCGAAGGAGGUUGUCCAUUCAAAUCCUUUGACUACCAAAAUAUGGUUCCACUUUUAAAAAACUGUUCUGAACCAGUGUUGUCACAAAUUGUGGAAUUAAAAAAGAAAGGGUUGUAUACAAAUGCUUGCAUGUUUUUUAUGCAAAAUUCUUAUUCUAAGUCAGAUAGUUGUGAUAGUUGUAGCUUUAAUUUUACUCCUGUUAAAUAUUAUUCUGUAGCAUCUAAAAGUAAUGAAGUAAAAUUAUGA